AGGAGGAGGGACCCGGCGGCUCCUCGCACGUGGGCGGCCCGAGCAAAGGUCGCUGUCGGCGGGCUGGCCGGGCGGAGAGCUCGCCAGGCGACCCAGGAAGCGCGAUCCCCGGCGGACGCCCGGCUAGUAAGUAGAUCGCCCCGUCUGGGUCAUGGCAGCUGCAGCGGAUCCCUGGCAGCGAGGCCACCGCUCGGCGUGCUGGUGAUGAGCUGGCGCCCGCUUUUGGCAAGUGGUUGGAGCUGAGUUUCAGCGCAGGGGUCCCUCCCGUGAUGGCCGAGGGACAGUAAAAGCCCCUCGCCCUCCCAGAAGCUCCUGAGAGCCGGCGCCUUCUGGGACAGCCAUGGCUGCGGCGUUGACGUUUGGAGUGGCCGACUACACCAUUUUCAUCCUGCUCCUGGUCGUCUCGGCUGGCAUCGGCUUCUACUACGCCUUCAGUGGCGGGAAGCAGAGCACCACGCAGGAGUUUCAGCUGGCCAACCGCAGCAUGGGCUUCUUCCCCGUGGCUCUCUCCCUCCUGGCCACCUUCCAGUCGGCCGUGGCCAUCCUGGGCGUCCCCGCCGAGAUCUACCGGAACGGCACAGAGUAUUGGUUCCUGGGGUGCUCCUAUUUCCUGGGGCUCCUCAUCCCGGCUCACGUCUUCAUCCCCGUCUUCUACCGCCUGCGCCUGACCAGCACGUACGAGUACCUGGAGCUGCGUUUCAACAAGGUUGUGAGGGUCUGUGGAACAGCCACCUUCAUCUUCCAGAUGGUGGUGUACAUGGGGGUCGUCCUCUACACCCCAGCGCUGGCUCUCAAUGCAGUGACCAGCUUUGACCUCUGGGCCUCUGUGCUGACCAUUGGGCUGGUCUGCACCCUCUACACCUCCCUGGGCGGCCUGAAAGCCGUGAUCUGGACGGACGUUUUCCAGACCUUUGUCAUGUUUGCUGGCCAGGUGGCCGUGAUCGUGGUGGGCACCGUCAAAGUGGGCGGCAUGGGGCGCGUCUGGCAGCUGGCGGAUGAGAAAGGCAUGGUGUCGGGCAUCGACCUGAACCCCGACCCUUUCGAGCGGCACACCUUCUGGACGCUGGCCUUUGGGGGCGUCUUCAUGAUGCUGUCUCUCUACGGGGUCAACCAGUCUCAGGUCCAGCGAUACCUCAGCUCUCGCACGGAGCGGCAGGCUGUGCUGUCUUGCUACGCCGUCUUCCCCUGCCAGCAGCUGGCCCUCUGCCUCAGUUGCCUCACUGGCCUGGUGAUGUUUGCUUACUACCAGGAGCAUGAGCAGAGUCCGGAGCAGAGCGGCGCCUCCCCGGAUCAGAUGGUCCUCUUCUUCGUGAUGGAUAUCCUGCAGGGAGUGCCUGGCCUCCCCGGCCUCUUUGUGGCUUGCCUCUUCAGCGGCUCCCUCAGCACCAUCUCCUCCGCCUUCAACUCCUUGGCCACCGUGACCAUGGAGGACCUGAUCCGCCCUUACGUGGGCCGCAUCCCCGAAGGACGGGCCACACUCUACUCCAAGUUGCUAGCUCUGGGCUACGGACUCCUCUGCCUGGGCAUGGCUUACGUCUCCUCCAUGAUGGGUUCGGUGCUGCAGGCUGCCCUCAGCAUCUUUGGCAUGGUGGGGGGCCCUCUGCUGGGAGUCUUCUCCCUGGGCAUGUUCUUUCCUUGUGCCAAUUCCGUGGGGGCCAUCUCUGGCUUGGCUGCCGGGCUGGCCAUGGCGUUUUGGGUGGGCAUCGGGAGCUGGGUGACCAAACAGGCGUCUGUGCCCCCCACGACUGGCAUCCCCCAACUGGACGCAAACCUCACAACGGCCGUCAUGACAACGCUGCAGACCAUAACGACGACCCCAGAGAGGCUGACGGGGCUGCGCAAGUUCUACAACCUGUCGUACCUGUGGUACAGCGCACACAACUCGACCACCGUCAUCGUCGUGGGACUGCUGGUCAGUUACCUCACAGGCCCCAUGCGGGGGGAGGACGUGGACCCCCGGACCAUCUUCCCUGUGCUGCCCCGCCUGUUCUGCUGCUUGCCGGCGAGGUACCGAGAGAGGCUGCGCUUCGGGGUCUGCUACCCCCAAGAGGACGGAAACCGCCAAGAGCCGGUCCCCCUUUCUGUGGGAAAGAACACCAAUGGGCUACUGAAUGGGCCACCGGAGGGCCUGCCCCUUGGGGGGCACAGUGAAGGAGGGGAGCCCCCCGGGGAGGGGGUUGCCCAGCCAGGUGGAGGCCACAUCCUGCGGGAGACAGCCCUCUGACCUGGGCGGUGUGAGCAGGCGGGGGGCGGUUGGCACUGUUCCGAGAGAGGACACCCCCGGGGGGGGGGAGGGGGUCCCAGACCCUCCUUGGGGCCCCUGUGGGCCGCUCUGCACUGGAUCCUGGAUGAGCCCCUGCUGUUGCAGCACUGGGGGGGGGCAAGCUGGACCCCACGCCCGGGUGAUGGAGGCGCCCUUUCCGGGGUCCUUUCCGGGGUCCCUCCUGCCACUCCUUCUCUUGCCAUAUUGUGAAUGUGCCAAUCUCUUAAGUGUGGGUGGGGGGGCUCUUCCCCCCCUAACUCAAGCCCUAUUGGGGCGAGGCAGGCGUGCCUGUGUCCUCCUGCCACCCCAACGCCCUCGGAGCCCCCCAGCCCACCCAACUGAGGCCUCACCAAAGAAGCCCCCCUUGACCUUCAAUGGGGUGGGGGGCUACCCUCUCAUUCCACUCCCCCCCCCCAGUUUGCUGCAGAGCUUCUUCAGCAAGAAGCAGCCCUUCGGGGGGGGGGGAGCAGGCUUAACCCUGUUCCAAAGUCCUGCCCACCAGUGGGGGGGGGGAGCACAGACAUUCCUCCAUCUCAGCGGCAGCCCCUCCAUCCACUCGUGGGCCUUGUCAUCCCCCCCUCGUUUUCUCUUUUCUGUACCCCAUGUUGCCCUUCUCUGAGAAGUACUGUUUUCCCGGUUCCUUGCCUUUCUGACGAUGCUCAGCGAGGAUUUUGGCUGCUGUUAAUAAAAAAACGGUUCUUGUUGCUGCUGUCUGCUUUGUGGGUGGAAGCU